AUGCUGGGUGAGGCUGAGAAUGAUAGCUUCCAACAGGCCUUCUGGGCCUCAUUGUUUCUGAUCAUAGCUGCAGCCUGCGGUCAUGCAGCGAUUUACGUCUGUGACCAGGGGCGGACACGAAUCAUCGAGAUUGAACACGUUCGCACUCGAAGCGUGGAUGUAGACACGUUGCUUCGACGACUGCCUGAAUCGGUGAGCAAAACGAUCCAUCAGACGUCCACGCCUCAUGGAACCACCUUUCAAGUCCUUAUGCUCUUGGCUGCUCUGCUCAUUCUGUCCAGCGAGUUUCCAAAGCACGAAUUCGUGCAGAAGAGUUUGAGCAUCCGCUCCAUGGGCUUCGAAGUAUGCCGUUGUCUCUGCCCUGUUGUGGGAAUUCUUAUGCUCAUUUUCGUUCCAAUGUCACAUGACUUCAUUGUUAUGACCGAGCGUUUCAAGCAGCCUGGCUACAAAGUCACUCGAGAAGACAAGGUUAUCUUCUAUGCAAACAAGAUGCAGGAGGACAUGCACACGGCAGCCGGAGCUCUCGCAUUUGCAGUCACUCCUGCGCUUGAAGGUUAUGCGAUCGGUCGCGCAUAUGUGCAGUUUUUUGGGACCGGCAUCGGCGAGCAUUAUGUAGCCUGGAGCCACGGUGAUACUCCGACAUACAUCUGGCUGGCGCUUCUCAUCGCGCGCACUUUCAUGCUUGUUGGUACCAAUGUAUGCUUGUGGAACAUGGUUUAUGAGUGGUUCUGCGAACCUACAGCGAGGGCUACUCGGAAUCCUUACUAUAUUUACACGACGGAAAAAUCACUCAUUCGCCAGUUGCUGAAUUACAUUCUUCUCCUGGGCAUGUCGAUCUGGUUUGUAAAUUCAUCGCAGUUUGAUUUGAUCAUGCCAUGGGCGCAAAAAUUGCUCCUGGGGAUCUCAGUCGUGGCCUCUGCUGCCACCUGUUGCUACGCCCUGUCAACUUUCUGGUAUUUGACAUUCAAGGAGAGGUAUCUAAACCCGAAGGAGAUGGAAAAGGUUCUUCGCAAAAUCGUGAACAAGUCGGAGGAUCGAAUGGAAAGGUACACGACCGAGCUGGAGGCCCUCCAUGAGAAGUGGUCCAUGUGCUACGCAGACGAGGCCUCCUUCGAGACUGCUGGAAAAGGAGAUUGCGAUGCGCGGUGUGUUUCAGCACUAGGAAAUGCGCUGAUCCAACAGAGCUCAUGGUUGUACACUGCAAUGGCACAGACGGAAUUGCAUUUGGACGGAUUGGGUAUCCGCAAGAUCGUGGAGACACCGCCUGGAAUCAAGGUGCUGUCAAUCAGCGGAAACCGUCUCAGAAGCCUGGGUUCUAUUGCGGCGUGCGUGACGCUGGAGGAGAUCAACCUUGCAGCCAAUAAGUUAAAUGAGGACGCCUUAGCACCGCUGGCAGCGCUGCCAGCCCUCAGGGUCCUCAACAUCUCCAGGAAUCACGUCCGCGAUCUUGGGCCGCUCUUCUUGGCGCCACCCGCCUUGGCACAAAGCCGCGCCUUCCCGGCCCUGGAGGUCUUGAACAUCUCGGCAAAUGCAGCUCUCAGUGAUGUGACUGCAGCGAUGUCACUGCAAGUGCUGCGGAGCCUUACAGCCACCGGCCUCAACGUGACGUCUCUGCACUGCGUCCACUGCAGCCUGGAGGUGAUAGACCUGCGUGGAUGUUGUCUGCAGAGGGUUUCCUCUCUGAAGGCAGUCCCGUACUUGUCUGAGAUGAUGCUGGACGGCAACGCACUUCUGUCCUGCAAGGACUUGCUGGAGCAUUCAAUGCUGCAGACCCUUCGCUUGGCUCACAACGCCAUCGAGGAAAUCAGUGCAGUUCAGCUGCCUUCUGUGACGGAGCUGGAUUUGGCGUCCAACAACAUCUCCCAGGCCUUGCACCUGGCAGGAGCUCCUCGCCUGGCGUCUCUCGUCGUCCGUGGCAACCAGCUCACAUCGCUAGUCUCGCUUUCACCAUUGCGCAGCCUCACAUUCUUGGACGCUUCGCAGAAUCAACUGCGUGCGCUGGAGCCCUCUUUGCGUUGGAGUCUGCGACCGCUGCGAGUGCUCUUGCUAAAUGGCAACGAGAUCGCCGAUGUGGAGGAUGUUGCCCAGACUAUGGAAAUGGCCGGUGGCUUGAGCUUGGAGCAUCUGGAUCUGCGGAACAAUCCCCUCAGCAUCGCCUUCUAUCCGUUUGCAGAGAAGUUGCCCACAUGGACAUGGGAAGCAAGUGCAACCCUGGAAGACUUCGCUUCCAUCAGUGACGGCUACGACUCAGUACCGCGAAGCUUGCGAGAUCGUUACUGGCACCGGAUGUCGCUGUUGAGCCCUUCACUGCAGAGCUUGGACGGGAUGCUGAGGGAUGCACGGCGCUGGUCUGAAACUGCGGCCCUGAAGCAAGAUCGUUCCACAGGUCUUGCACUUGAAGGAGCAGAUGGCGAUGAGGUGAUGUAUUGCACGCCCAGGCGCAGUGCAGAAGCCUCGACACAGGACUUCGUGGCAGAUGGCACCUUCAGGGGCACCGAGGCCAUCCCUGCAGAAGCUAUGAGAAGCCAAGGCAUCAACUCGCAGCUUCCGACACAGCCGCUGACGGUGGACACAGCCGACGCAGCCACUUCGCCCGUGUUCCGGGAACGUGAAGGCUCACGUGAAACGGCUUCCGGCGCAAUGUCGACCGAAGCGCUCCUGAAUUUGGGCCUGGCGCCUGAGCUGCUCGGUGAAGCGCAGCGAAGAGCAAGGAGAGCAGAACAGCCACCUGUCGUCCUGGCGAUGGAGGUGGCAGCCGCAGCUGCCGCGGCCGCGGUUUCUGCCGCAUCAACGGAUCAGGGGUUCGGCCGGUACCAAGCAGGAACCUCGCCAGCGCAUCGAGGAGGUGCCUCAGGCCGCCGACAUGGGUCGGAGCAGGCCGAGGCAUCCCAUGCGGCCGAAGGUGGCCCCAGCCCGGGCGCAUGGACUGGAGAGAAGUCGGUUCCUGACGGUCAGGCAGAGCAGGUUGAUGAAGGAGUUACUUCAAGUCAAGGCUCCUUCUUGCCAGUGGUUGACUUGAGUGCCUGUGCCGGACGCGGUCCACUCCCGGCAGCAGACAGCCUGUCGGCACGGGCAGCUGCUCAGCUCCCAGGCGUGAGUUCUGGCCAGCCUGACGAGGAGACUUUGCCGAAAUUCACGGAGCCGCACGAGGAGUCGUUGAAAGACCCGCAGCGAAUACCACCACAGGCUCCAGUAGAGCCGGGUGGAGUACGGAAAACGACAGAUGCAAGCGAAGCAGUGGCCUCGCAAGUCCCGCAGCUACUGGACGUUCUCCAGCUGGAGGAUGCACUGCGUGAGGAGCUCUUACAUAAGGGAACGGAGUUCGAGAAGCAGCAGCUGCAGAUUGUGGAGAAGCUUGAGCGAGCGCACGAAGACUUGGCCAGGCAAUGGCAGGAACUGGACAAUGAGCGGAAGAAGUCUACAGAGCAGCAACAACAGCAACGAGAGCUCCUGGCAAAGGAACAAGCUGAGCUGGCCCAAUACUUCAAGGAGUUUGAGUCCGAGAUGGAGAGGAGAUACACAUGGCAGCAACAACAGAAGCAGGAGUUCGAAGAGCAGUGGCACCAAGAGUUGACGAAAAGAAGGCAGACUUGGACGAGUGAGCAUGAGAAAGAAAGGUACAAGUUGCAGGAAUGUUUCCACGAGCUAGAGGAGCAAUUCCAGGGAAAGCUGGCAGCAGCACAGACGAAAGCAGAGGAUCGCGUCAAAAGCGAGGAGACCACUGAACGGUCUGCAAGCCAAGCCGCGGAUUCAGCCGCUACUUUCCCAGCUGGUGAAGGGAACCAAAGCCAAAUCAACCCGGGAGGCCUGUUCGUAGGGUCGCCGGACAGGUCCGGCGAGCUGCUUCAGCCAAAGCUGGAUCCACAGGUACGGGCGAGACUCCUGGGCCUCACGCCGAGACACGCACAGGCCACCCAAGCCUCGCCAUCGCAGGCUCGGGUUCAAAGCACAGAAGCCACGACUCAGCAGACGGAGAUGAUUGCACAUCAAGCCCGUGGAGCGUGGGGCGCCUGCAACUAUGAACCCUUCUCUUCCGCCCGUCCCGGCGCGGGCUCUGCCGGGAGCUCUGUAGCGAGAGCCGGCGUGGCGGUUUCGGCUGCGUGCGCUGCGGGUGCUAGACCGGUCCCCGCGGCCCCAGGGAUCCAUUUGCGCCAGGGUGCCCAGCCAGGACCGGAGGGACCGGAGGUUUCGGAGCGGCCGUGGCAAAGAUCGCAGGAUGAAGCACUUCCACGCAAGGUCACAUUCCUAGAUCCGCCUGGAAGUAAUGGUGCCUUCCGGCGGGCCCUGCAAGGUCAGGGGAUCUGGGAAGUCGAAGACUCUCCGAAGACAAAGGAGGCGUCGGUGCCAGUGGAGCCCUUAGCCUCGGAGCCCUUGAGCGGCAGUCCCAUUCACGCAGCUUGCAGGGCGGAGACAGAGAACGUGCAGGUGAAGGGUCAUCCGCGUGAUUUAACGAUCACAGCUUCGCUGGAUGAGGAUGGAAGCCAAAGGGUGGUUUCCAGGCCUGGAAAGCUUGAGGUUUCAGGGGAUGGGAGACCCCUGGAGGGCAAGAUGAAUCACGCCCUCUUCCCCUCUCCUGGCCAAGACUCGAGGCAGGCGUACUUGAGGUUUCUUCGGAGCGAGAUGCUGGCACAGCAAGCUUAUCUUCAGGAGAUUAGAAGCGCCAGACAAGCGAAGAAGCAGCAUCUGAAUCUGCAAAAGGCUUCGCCCAGGUGCCCAGAAAGACCGACGCAGGUCCGCCCAUCAGCAGAUGUUUCGGGAAUUUCAGGCACUGGGCGGGCCCGUUCCUUUUCGCCGCGGGUUCAAAUUUUACGCCAGGGGCUUGCUGAAGUGGCCGACUUCAGCAAGCGUGUACCCGCCCAGCCGUCUUCACAGCUGCGACAGGUGAAGGUGGUUGAGGAGACGAGCCAAGUCGAAAGAGGACCUCAGAGCACGAAGACUUCUGACGGCAGUGCUUGGCACUGCAUGGUGACACCCGUCAACGCUGGAGUGCGUGGCGCUUUGGAGGCUCUGGUGGCUCAGCAGGCUUGGUCCGUCCCGGGCAAGCCUCUGGCCUACACCUACGCGCUUGGCCGUGCGAUCCAGAACAUCACGCCUCCAGCAAGACAGCGCUUCGAUGCAGCGAUCUCCAAAGACUCUGCUCGCGAAGGGCACUUGCCGCCCUUACUCGGCUUCUCGCAGCGCGCCUUCUUCUUGGAUUCCAGCAGCAGGAUGUCCGAG